CCCAAGGGGUCCAAUUUUUCUUCCUGGGUGUCAGCAAGCCCUGACUCACAACAGUGCAGCUGACAGGGACUGUCAUUCUUGUGGCACCCUAAGCAAAAACAAAAGACCUAAGGACGACCUUUGAACAACACAAAGGAUGGGUUUCAAUGUAAUUAGGCUACUGAGCGGAUCAGCUGUAGCCCUGGUAAUAGCCCCUACUGUAUUACUGACAAUGCUUUCUUCUGCUGAACGAGGAUGCCCUAAGAGCUGUAGGUGUGAAGGAAAAAUGGUAUAUUGUGAAUCUCAGAAAUUACAGGAGAUACCCUUGACUAUAUCUGCUGGUUGUUUAGGUUUGUCUCUUCGCUAUAACAGCCUCCAAAAACUAAAACAUAAUCAAUUUAAAGGUCUAAAUCAGCUCACCUGGCUGUAUCUAGACCAUAACCACAUCAGCAAUAUUGAUGAAAAUGCUUUCAAUGGAAUACGCAGACUAAAAGAGUUGAUCCUGAGUUCCAACAGAAUCGCCUAUUUUCUUAAUAAUACCUUCAGACCUGUGACAAAUCUCCGUAACUUGGAUCUGUCAUACAAUCAGCUGCAGUCUUUGGGAUCUGAACAGUUCAGGGGCUUAAGGAAGCUGCUGAGUUUACAUUUGCGAUCCAAUUCCCUAAGAACCAUCCCUGUUCGAAUAUUCCAAGAUUGUAGGAACCUUGAACUUCUGGACCUGGGUUACAAUCGCAUCCGAAGUUUAGCAAGGAAUGUCUUUGCAGGCAUGAUCAGGUUGAAGGAGCUUCACUUGGAGCACAAUCAGUUUUCUAAGCUCAACCUGGCACUUUUUCCAAGACUAGUCAGCCUUCAAAACCUUUAUUUACAGUGGAAUAAAAUCAGUGUGAUAGGACAAACUAUGUCCUGGACCUGGAGCUCAUUACAAAGGCUUGAUUUAUCUGGCAAUGAAAUAGAAGCUUUCAGUGGACCUAGUGUUUUUCAGUGUGUGCCCAAUUUACAGCGCCUCAACCUGGAUUCAAACAAGCUCACGUUUAUUGGUCAAGAAAUUUUGGAUUCUUGGAUAUCCCUCAAUGAUAUCAGCCUUGCUGGGAAUAUAUGGGAAUGCAGCAGAAACAUUUGCUCUCUGGUAAACUGGCUAAAAAGUUUUAAAGGGCUAAGGGAAAAUACAAUUAUCUGUGCCAGCCCCAAAGAGCUGCAAGGGGUGAAUGUUAUUGAUGCGGUGAAAAACUACAGCAUUUGUGGCAAAAGUACUACAGAGAGGUUUGAAUUAGCAAGAGCUCCCCCAACAUUUAAACCAAAACUCACCAGGCCUAAACAUGACAGCAAGCCCCCUCUGCCCCCAACUAUCGGAGCCACCGAAUCCAGCUCAGAACUCGAGCACGACACAGAACACAUCUCCUUUCAUAAAAUCAUAGCAGGGAGCGUGGCCCUUUUUUUGUCCGUGCUUGUGAUCCUGCUAGUCAUCUAUGUGUCAUGGAAGCAUUACCCAGCCAGUAUGAAGCAGCUGCAGCAACACUCUCUCAUGCGAAGGCACAGGGAAAGAAAAAGGCAGUCACUGAAGCAAAUGACUCCAACCACACAGGAAUUUUACGUAGAUUAUAAACCUACCAACACUGAAACCAGUGAGAUGUUGCUGAAUGGAACAGGACCCUGCACGUAUAACAAAUCAGGCUCCAGGGAAUGUGAGAUACCUUUAUCUAUGAAUGUGUCAACAUUUCUCGCCUAUGACCAACCCACAAUAAGUUACUGUGGUGUACAUCAUGAACUCCUUGCUCAUAAGCCCUAUGAAUCUAAUGCACAGGAAGAAACAAUGGAAACACACCUAGAGACUGAUCUGGAUCUCAGCACAAUAACAACAGCCGCAAGAAUCAGUGAACACAGACAGCAGCUAGCUUAACUGAUUUCAUUUGUAACAGAGGACUGCAACCAACCUAUGUAACUUGAAGGACAAAAGAGGAAGAUAUUCUGAAAUGGUUUCCGAAA